AUGAAAUCCAGCCAGGAAAUCGCUUAUUAUUUUAUCCUGUCUCUUCUUUCAGCAUCUUUUGUCAUUCUUUGUUUAGUCCUCGUAAUUUUUUGUAGAAAGAAACCUGUAGAAUCUGAAGAAAGUCUUACAGGUCCCAAGAUUUCUGCACAGGGGUAUCCAUUAACAGAUAUUGAUGAUGCCACAGAUGGGUUUAAUCAUCGAAGAAUUAUUGGUUCCGGUCGUUUAGGCACUGUGUAUGCAGCUGUAUUGGCAAGUGAUCAAAAGCCAGUUGCUGUUAAAAGAAUACACCCUUCUCUUGUUUUGAGCAAUACUUGUUUUGGGUUCUCUUCAAUUCUUAAAACACUCUCUUUGGCUCAGCAUCCUAACAUAGUGCCUAUAAUAGGAUUUUCUCAGGCUCCUGGUGAGAGAAUCAUUGUAAUGGAAUUUGUUAGCGCGGUGAGUUUGGAUUAUUAUUUGCAUGAAAAUUCUGAUGGGGCGUCAUCAGUAUUGAAUUGGAGCCAGCGUUUAAGGAUUGCGGCCGGAGCGGCUCGAGGACUUGAAUACUUGCAUGAAGGGAUGGCACCAAAUAUUGUUCACGGAUGUUUCAAGGCAUCAAAUGUUUUAUUAGAUGAUAAGUUUUGUGCUAGAGUUAGUGAUUAUGGGAUAUCUUCUUUGGCACCAAACGAAAAGAGGGGACUUUUGGGGUAUGUGGAUGAUGAGUAUUGGAGAAAUGGAAGGGGUGAGCCUUGUAAGGAAAGUGAUGUUUAUGGGUUUGGUGUGGUUUUGUUGGAGCUUUUGACGGGAAGGAGAGCGGAGGAAGGCUUACUUCUUAGAUGGGCAUUGCCUUUGAUAAAAGAAACGAGGUUUAGUGAGCUUUUGGAUCUUAGACUUGUAAUGCCUUCUAAUAUGAGGACAAUUAUUAGAUUGGCUAAGGUUGCUUUGGCUUGUGUUGGCAAUUCUAGGAAGAGCAGGCCUUCUAUGAUUCAAGUAGCUGCAAUUUUAAAUAAUUUGGAGGUUGAGGUAUGUGUUCGAUAG